AUGGUAGAUGAUAAGAAGUUCAAUGAAGAGGAGGACGGGGAGGUCCAGUACGUUGACCCAACGGUUAACAAGGUGCCUAAUUAUGAAGCAUCUGAGUUAGCAUUUGUGCUUACACAGGACAAGUUGAGUAGCAAGCACAGCGAAGUGCUUGAUAAGUUGAUGAAGCUAAUAGAAGAGGAAGAGAUGGCUCCUUAUUAUAAAUAUCUUGCUGAAGAAUAUGUGCCACAAGGGGGGCUUCUGAAAUUUGACAAAUCACUAUAUGAUAGAUUGGUGGAAAAGAACGAACAGAAGAUUGCUGAUUUUAAGAAGAAAAUUGAAGAAAUUGAGGAGAAUGAUGAAGGUGAACUGGAGAGAGCACAAGCAUGGAUUAAUUUGGGUGAAUAUUACGCUCAGAUUGGUGAUCGUAUCAACGCUCAGGAAACAUUGGAGAAAGCAUUGGAGAAGGCUAUCUCAACUGGUGCAAAGAUCGAUGUUAUGUUGACAAUUACAAGAAUUGGUUUUUUCUACAAUGACCAGCUAUUUGUCAAGGACAGGCUAGCUCAAACCAACGCUAUGAUUGAGAAAGGUGGUGACUGGGAGAGAAGAAACAGAUAUAAGACCUACAAGGGUAUUCACUCUCUAGCUAUAAGGGAUUUCAAAGAGGCUGCAAACUUGCUGGUUGACUCUCUAGCUACUUUCACCUCCAUAGAGCUUACAUCAUAUGAAAAUAUUGCCACAUAUGCCUCUGUUGCCGGCUUAUUUGCUCUAGAAAGAACUGAUUUAAAGGCCAAGGUCGUAGACUCACCAGAUUUACUAUCAUUAAUUAACACAACACCUGCAUUACAGUCCAUCUCAUCCUUGACUAUUUCAUUGUAUACAUCAGAUUACGCAAGUUACUUCCCCUUUUUGCUUGAGACUUACGACAAUGUUCUGAUCCCUUCCAAGUAUUUGAAUGUACAUGCUGAUUAUUUUGUAAGGGAGAUGAGAAGAAAAGUUUACGCCCAACUUCUUGAGUCUUAUAAAACUCUUUCUCUGAAGUCAAUGGCCAGUGCAUUUGGUGUAUCAGUGGAAUUCCUUGACAAUGACUUGGGUAAAUUCAUCCCAAACAGGCAAUUGAACUGUGUCAUUGACAGGGUUAAUGGUAUCGUGGAGACAAACAGGCCGGACAAUAAAAACGCCCAAUACAGCUUGCUUGUCAAGCAAGGUGACGGUUUACUAACCAAAUUGCAGAAAUACGGUGCUGCUGUUAGAUUAACUGGCUCCGAUCGUUUAUAG